CCUGGAUAUUCCAGUAAUGAAUCCAACGAUGAUCCAUACCCUCCUCCACCACCCGGUCACGCAUGGUCGCCGCUACGCCCUAAUGAAUAAUCUCUGGUUAUCUGAUGACCCAACCCACAUUCGUUUGCUCUCUCACGGUGACAUGCGUGACCGGAACGAAUAUUGAUACCCGGAUACCAAACGAGGAUUUACCUGGAGUAAGGAGAUUGGAUGGACGAUCUGUCUACUUAUUUACGUACCUACAUACAUACAUACCCAUUGGAUCAUACCUAUGCGCUAGAUACCCAAUAUACGGUCUACACACAAACAUUAUACAGAACAAUGAACUCAUCCACUAUACGUAUCCACUUUAAGAACCAAACCUAGAACCAUCCCGAUCUCUAUCUAGA